AGGAUGGUCCGCACACUGUAUGCCAUCGGCACCGUGUGUCUUCUGAUGGGAUUUCUGCUACCGGCAGCAGAAGGGAGAAAGAGAAAUCGUGGAUCUCAAGGUGCUAUCCCUCCUCCCGACAAAGAUCAGCCCAAUGAUUCGGAGCAAAUGCAGACACAGCAGCAGUCGGGCUCUAGGCAUCGAGAACGAGGAAAAGGCACCUCGAUGCCUGCUGAAGAGGUGCUGGAGUCUAGUCAGGAGGCACUGCACAUCACCGAGCGCAAAUAUCUAAAGCGGGAUUGGUGUAAAACUCAACCCCUCAAACAAACUAUCCACGAAGAAGGCUGCAAUAGUCGUACCAUCAUCAACAGGUUCUGCUACGGCCAGUGCAAUUCCUUCUACAUCCCCAGGCACGUCCGCAAAGAGGAAGGCUCCUUCCAGUCUUGUUCCUUCUGCAAGCCCAAGAAAUUCACCACCAUGACUGUUACACUCAAUUGCCCUGAGCUUCAGCCCCCGAGAAAGAAGAAAAGAAUCACCCGAGUUAAGGAAUGCCCGUGUAUAUCUAUUGACUUGGACUAAACUCAGAAAAAUAUGGUACCGAUUGCACCCUGACUGUGCGCAAUCCUUGCCAGCGUGAGAGUGAGUGGCAUGAACUAGCGUAGCUUCCGGGAUGGACA